AUGAGGCCUAAGCUCACCUUUGCUUUUCUGGGGUGUUUUCUUCCAUUCAUCAUCAAUAUCGCUCUUGUUGGCUCAACAACCUGGCUCGUGAUCAAGGAUGAGAGCCCGCUAGUCGUUGUGAUUCUAAUCACGAUGUCACUGUGCGUUACUCUUGUCCUCAUCAAAGGCCUGCAUCAUUACUACACGGAGUUGCACGGAAAUAUGGAAUCUGGACCAGCGCGUCGCCUUACGGCUCGAUACAUCAUCAGAGAGCCAGAGGAAAUGGUGACACUCACUCAUCUUCAUCGACCACUCGGAAGGUCGUGGACAGUUCCAAAUCGACCAACGUCUCCAGUGCCGCCUCCGAGCCCACCUCCACCUACUCCUCGCACUCGUGGGGCUCGCUAUUUAAAGCAGUGA